CUCGCGCGCCAUUGCCGCCGCGGCGUCCUCGCGCGCGCGCAACGCGGCGUCCUCGCGCGCCGCCGCGUCCUCGCGCGCCAUCGCCGCUGCGUCCUCGGACGCGUCCGACGCCGCGUCCUCACGCCCGUGCGUCGCCACGUCCUCGUGCGCCAUGGCCUCGAGCUCGCGCGCCCCGCGCUGCCGCUCUCUGCGCCGUCUCUUUUUUUCGCGGCGGCGGGCCGUCUCCCGCGCGGCCGCCAACCGCCGCGCGCACUCGCGAGCCGCUUCGCGAGCAAGGGCGCGAGCGGCCUUCUGCUGGGCCUUGCGAGCCGAGAUCGUGCGCAGGCCCAGCUCUGCGCACUGCUUGGCCCGCAACGCGCUCUCCUCGCGGAACGCCCGCCGCCACCGCUCCGCGAUCUUGGCGUCGUGCUUGGCCUUGGCCUCGGCCUUCUCCUUAGCCGCCGCCUUGCGCUUGGCUGCCUCAGCCUCGCGCUCUCGCAGGCGUUCCUCGCGCUCCGCCGCCUCGGCGGCCCUGUCGUUCGCCGAAGGACGGGCUUUGGCCUUCGCGCGCGCUGCAAGCACAGCCGCCUUUCUUUCGGCCUCGGCGGCCUCGGCGUAGAUCUCGGCGGCGACGAAGGGAAUGUUUCUCCCGUGCUCACUGCUGAAAACACUAACGCCAAGACGCGUAAAAGCCGCAUCGAGCGUGUCGGCAUUGUAACGGGAGCCGUACUCGUCACACUUUUCUUCCUCUGCCAUUUCCUGUCAAGUAGGCAUUAACUGGCUGCUGAAAUGCGCCCGGGCUUCCGGGGCGCACGCAGCCGUUACCCUCGUGCCCCGCAAGGCAUAUCUCCGAUUUGGGCUGCCUGAAGACCGUGGGCAGCGCGGGACUGGCGUUGCCGCUGGCUGCAAUGCCAA